GCUUCAAGAAGGAAACAAAAAACAUUCUACAGACAAAUCAAAGCAGAGUCAUCCACAGGAGACAAUGGAAGUGACCCUGAAAACAGAAGUGGAAGCUGGAGCUAGUGGUUUUAGUGUGAAAGGUGGAGGAAAUGAAGGAAUAUUUAUUAAAAAAGUACUUAAGGAAUCUCCUGCUUCAAAAAUAUUUAGUCUUAAAGAAGGUGAUCAGCUUCUAAGUGCUACAAUAUUUUUCGAUAACAUCAAAUAUGAAGAUGCACUCAAGAUUCUCCAAUAUUCCGAGCCUUACAGAGUCCAAUUCAGUCUCAAAAGAAAAAUUUCUGUGCACGAAGAUCUGGAACACUCUACAGCCCAGCACAAAAAGGAAAGGAUAGGCCAGGAAAAUGAGCUCAGUGAGAGUAUUCUUGAAGAAACACUGCAAGUUUCAGGAAAAUCCAUUUCAGAAGAAGACAGGGAAACAUUAAUUGUAAGCCAAAGAGUAGGAAGAAGUAAGAGACCUAAAAAAGAUAGAUUAUCAUGGCCAAAAUUUCAGUCAAUCAAAAAUAAAAAGAUAUUGAGGCACAGAAGAUCUCAUAGUACAUCAGAUGCAUAUGAGCCUGCUUUGCAGGAUAUUUCCCCUACAAGCACGGACACAGAGUCUCAAUUUCCACAAGAGGUCCAUACCAAAGAGAAAAAAGGAGGCCAAAGGAAGCUGAAGUUCCCUAGCAUUGGAUUCAGAAUGCACAGGUCCAAACCAGAACCACAAGAGAAGCAAAAAAAAGAAAUAAAAACGACACUGAUCUCUGAAAGAGAAAAAAUGCAUAACUAUGAUAUAAGCUUGGAAAAUCCUGAAAUUUUAACUGUUGAAUACACCACAUCUCCUGCUUAUGAAAUGAAGACAGGGGAGGGACAUGAAACUUUAACAAAAGACUUAAAAGAAAUUAAAAAUGGCAUUCCAUCUCAUGUAAAACAAUGCCCUGAAGUUGAAAUAAGCAUUAAAGAAGACAAGGAAGCAUCAUCAAAAUUUAGUGUACCUGAAGUACCAGACAUAACAACAGAGAUACCAAAACCUAGUUUAGAAACUGGUGAUCUGAAAGUGAGCCCAACUAAAAAAUCACCACAAGCCUCAUCAAAAUCCCGAAAAAAGAAACAGAAGGGAACAGCAGAUAAAAAAGAUGGAGAAAGUGGAAUUGACAUAGACUUGAUGGGUCACAGUACUAAAGGAACUGUACAGGAAAAAGGCCUAGAAAUUGGCACUGCUAAAGUAGAAUUACAGACAUCUGAAACACUGGAAACAGGGGAAAAACGAGCAGAAGACACACAAAUACUAAAUAUUCAGAAAAUAAAUUAUGGAAUUUCAGUGCUCAAAAGAAAAGAGACAGAGACUGAUACUACCAAACAGGGAAAUGACGUUCCACAGUCAGUUCCAGAAAAAAAGGCUGAUAUGACUUCAGAGGACAGCAGGAAUUUCAAUAUGAAAACUCUUUUGCCAGAUGCACAAUCAGACGUAUCUGCUUGGAAAAUACAAAUGCCAUCAUUCAAAGUGGCCAAACCACCUAAAACAGACAUGAAAAUAACAAGAGAAGAAAGCAAAGAGGACACAGAAGAUAGGAUAAAAAAGGAAAGGAUGGAGGAAGAUGGCAUGACAACAAAUGACAAAUCCUUAAACAUAGAAAUUGAAAUGAAGAGAGGAGAAAAAGAUAUAGAGGGGAAAGAAAGCAAAUUCAGAUUGCCAAAGUUAAAAUUCCCUACAUUUACCUGGUCAAAUACCAAGGAAGAAACAGCCCAACUUGAAGCACAGAUAAGUGAAAGGGAAGUAAAAGUCCAAACCCAGGAAAAUACAGAAGGACUUCAGGUAAGUGGACCACCAGAAAAAAUUACGGUUCCAAGUGAUGAAACAGAAAUAGGAAUAUCAAUCGGAAAAAAAGAUGAAAACAAUAUAGGACAAAAACUUAAAGGCGACUUGCCAAGUCCGAAAAAAACAAUGAUAAAAUCUUCCCCAAUAGAAAUUAAAACUGAAGAUACAAUAGGAAAAAUACAGAUUUCAACAGCAGAUAUUGAAAUAGGGAAAUGUGAAUUAGAUAAAAGAUCAAAAGCAGAAAUUUCAGAAAUUAGAGCAUCUAAUAUCAAAGCUCCCAAGGUGGACGUCACUCUGCCCUCCGUCGAUGUCACUCUUCCACAAGCCAGCGUCGACCUGCAGGCGCCCGAGGCCAGCCUUAGUCUUGAAGGAGAAGCCAAAGUCCCAGAGAAGGAGGUCACCACCAAGACCAAGGACGGCAAGUUCAAGAUGCCCAAGUUCGGCAUGCCUUCCUUUGGCUGGUCCAGCAGCAGAGAGGCCAAGGGCACCGUGGCCGCCGAGGUGGACGUCAGCGUCCCGGAGCCUCAGGUGACGGUGCCUUCCGGAACCGCCGAAGUGGAGGUGACCCUGCCCGCGGCCGAUAUCCAAGCGCCCGGUGUGGAGGUGACCGUGGAGACGGGCACGGUAGCAGCAGAGGGUGAGAAAGGCCGAUUCAAGAUGCCCGACGUCAAGAUGCCCAGCGUCAAGCUGCCCAAAGUCAAAGGUCCCCAGGCACAGGUCAGCCUGCCCAAGGCCGAGGUCUCGCUGCCCAAAGGCCUGGAGGGCGAAGUCGCCCUGCAGGGCCCCGAGGCCGAAGCCAGCCUGGAGGUGGCCGCUGGCAAAGCGGAGGGCGGCGGCAUGAAAAUACACAUGCCCAAAGUCAAGGUGCCCAGCGUGGUCUUCUCCAAGCCCACCAUCAAGUCUCCCAAA